ACUUCCCUCUACGUCACACGGAGGCCAAAAGCACUUCCGCCCAGGGUGCUUCCGGGACCUAAGUUAGUAGCAGCGGGGCUUUCCUGGGUCAUGAUGAUGGACUGAGCGGUGAUUCGCCCGGGAAGGGGCCCACUCCAUGCCCGCCCAAGUCCGUUCUGCUUCCCUGGUGAUGCACUUGGAGAUCUUAUCCCAGCCCCUCAGAGAGGACGCAGCCUGCACUUUUGCCAGUUGUUAAAUGAAUUCGGUGUCACCAUCUUCAGUGCAGUACUUGAGCCAGGAUGAACUGCGCCACUCAGAAGGACGUCAGCUUUUUAAUCCCAGGGCCAGCAGCCAGAGGGGGAGCUACACAGGGCACUUCCCUGGAGUGGGUGCCGCACACAGUCAGCACAGUGAACCUGAUGAAGUGGACAAGAUUAAAAGCAAAUUCCUCUCUGUAUGGAACAAUGUGAAAUAUGGCUGGACCGUCAAGACCAAAACCAAUUUCAGCAAGCUCUCCCCAGUCCAUCUCUUUGGACACACUUACUACUUGGAACGAGAAGAGGAUGUGGAGCACUUCCAGAAGGACUUUGCCUCCCGCAUCUGGCUGACCUACCGUCGGGAAUUUCAGCAGCUGGAGGGCACCAUGUGGACCACAGACUGUGGCUGGGGCUGCAUGCUGCGCAGUGGACAAAUGCUGCUGGCUCAGGGGCUCCUCAUCCAUUUCCUUGGCAGAGACUGGACUUGGCCAGAUGCCCUUUGCACAACUAAUUUGGCAGAAAUGGAGCCUGUGAAAGCCACUUCCUCAUCUUGCCCCAGUUCAACCAGCCUGCAUCAGGCUCCACCCAUCUCCACUGGUAGGAACUGGGCUCCUUGGGAGCUCCGGAGCUGUCAGCAAACUUGUAGCCCUGAUGAACUGGAGAAGGAGCCCUAUCAUCGAAAGAUUAUUUCUUGGUUUGCGGAUCAGCCUCAUGCACCCUUUGGGAUCCACCGUCUGGUCAGUCUGGGUCACAGUUCAGGAAAGAAAGCCGGGGACUGGUAUGGGCCUUCUAUUGCUGCCCACAUCAUCAGGAAAGCAGUGGAUUGUUCAGAAGCAGACAAUCUGGUGGUAUAUGUAUCUCAGGACUGCACAGUGUACAAAGGUGAUGUUGCAAAUCUGGCCAACAAGAACAAAGACAGGGCUGCGAGGGACCCUGGUGCAGAGUGGAAAGCAGUCAUCGUCCUGGUGCCCAUGCGGCUGGGUGGAGAGACCUUUAACCCUGCCUACAUGGACUGUGUCAAGGAGCUUCUGAGGCUAAAUUUCUGCAUUGGGAUCAUUGGAGGGAAGCCAAGGCAUUCGCUCUACUUUGUUGGGUAUCAAGAUGACUCCCUCCUGUAUCUAGACCCUCACUACUGUCAGUCCUUUGUGGAUACCACCAAGGAGAACUUUCCACUGGAGUCCUUCCACUGCAACAUUCCCCGGAAAACUGCUUUCAGCAAGGUGGAUCCCAGCUGCACUAUUGGCUUCUAUGCUCGUCACAGCCAAGAGUUUGAGCAACUGUGUUUGGAAUUGACUCGGGUCCUGAAUUCUGCAGCUGCCAAAGAGAAAUAUCCCAUGUUCUCCGUUGUGGAGGGCUGUGCCCAGGAAUUUGACUUGGAUGAGCUGUGUGCCCGCUUCUCCCAGCAAACAGUUCAUGUUCAGCGGUCAGGCAAGCUGGCCAGGGUGAAAAAACCCACCACAGAGGAAUUUGUCUUCUUGUGAUGGCCAGGCAGCACCAACGCCACCAACUUAUUUAUUCUUAUUUAUAUGGAGAAUGCAGUCCUGAAGGGGAGUCAACUGUCUCUUUAGGUCUGAGAAACAGGACUCCUGUGUCAUCUCUACAGUGACUGACUGUGCUGCCCUGCCCUGUUGCGCAGCGGCUUUCCUCAUAGAAAGGCUACAAGGAACUGUCCUGGGGUCACUAACGGAUUUAUAGGCUGGUGCUAGAAUGAAGUCAUAACACUGGAAGAAGCCCACUGAAUAUGGGCAGAGGAUAUUUAGCACUGAAAUGACAUGUCCAGAGUGGAGGCCUUUUUCAAACUGGGCAGCUAAUGGUGAGGGGAGGAAACAUUCUGGCAAAAUAGUUUUAGGUUGAGUUUCAAAAAUCGGUUUCUCUACUGCUGAUUUCAAGGUCUCUUCAUCAACAGUAGCAAUGAUCCAGUGUUGAACUCUGGCUCAGGCUUUUGGAUUACUGCUGCACCUUGAGUUAAAUUUUUUUUGCUGCUCAGCUUGCACUGUUGCUUUUCUCCAGCACCGAGUUUGUUCCACUGGAUCCUCUAGGUCUAUCAGAGUGGUGAAAGAGGCACAGCGUGGCUUAUUUCUUACACAGAGGUACAGAGAAGAGACUUAGUCUCUUAAGCUGAGGAAGGAAGAUUUUGUGUCCUACUGAGCUGCUUGAAUAGCAGGGAGCAACACAAUGAGUUGGCUGUUUGACUCAGGAUAACUUGGGUGAGCUUUUAACUUCACUAUUACAACAUGGCUUCAUAAUGUAUGGGAGGACCUUCCACUUGGGGCCUUUCUACAACUUUAGAAGGCAAAGGAAGAGUCGAAGGGCAUUUCAGAUGCUUAAUGGGCAAGUUCAGUUUCUCUUGCAGAGGUACCUCCCUGAGCUAAAGCCAUGCACACUGGUUAAGGGCUUUAUCAAAAAGGAUAUUAAUCACCUCUGUAUGGUACACUGGGUUGGAUUCUCCCCAAUUUCUAAAGCACCUUUCUUAUCCUUAUCAGUUUUUUCCAGCAGCAACCAGAGGGGACUGACUUACUGGAAGAACAGUUUUGUAAUUGAAUGUAGUAUUCUGCCUCUUAUCAAUGAUUGCUUUUCUUAACUCAGGACUGUGUGUGUGUGUGUGUAGCCAGAUUUGCAGUGUGGAUGAUUCUGUUGGUAACUAGGAAUUUUAUCGCAAAGGGUUGUCUUCAGUUUCCUGCAGAGCUUCAAGGUCUGUUUCAAUCAAUAAAAAGUUCCACUUGCUGA